AUGGAUAUUCGGAGAUAUCCAUACGCUUUCCUGACGGCUUUUAUCGUCAUUGUAAUGUUCUUGGUCACAGGAUCAGAAGCAAGAUCAGAGAUAUAUAAUUCCGUGUGUCCUGGUGUAUGUUCACCUGGAAUUGUACCAGACUGCAACACACUAUGCACUGGCUUAGGGUUUCCUGGAAGCUACUGUAAAGGACUAACGUGUUGCUGCAAACCAAAAUCCUCUAAACUCUAUACUGUCUCUCCUCCUUAA